CAUUGUAAAUAAGGCAACACAUAGAAUUCAUCCCCCCCCCCCCCCCCUCAAUUGUCCUCACAGACCUAUUUGAGAAUACAAGAACGUUCUGACGAUAGCCUAUCAGACAUAAAAAAGCGAACAGGGGAGGAUUCCUAUUAGAUUCAGGUUCCUUUCAGUUCCGUUCGUAGCCUCGCCGGGGAAUGAAUUGGUCCCUCCCUCCCGCCACCGCUGGCCGCUAUUUGUUUUUCGCUCACGAGUGUCACCAAUAUGUAUCCGCAGCUCCUAAUUCUGUUGUUGAAUUUGGAAGUGCCCACUGAUUCGUCGAAGUUGCCCAGGAAGCUGAAGCAGCAGCUGCGACGAUUUCCAUUGGAUGGUUGGUCUCAGGAGGAUCAGCUUUGGGUUGAUCAGAAAAGCCAGAAAAGGAAUUGGGGCUGGAGCCAUGUUCGAGCUUCGGGAAACUGUUUCUGUGCAAUCUGAUCAUUGUACAUUGUCAUAAAGAGGUAAGUUGUAAACUUGUAAUGCAAGCUGAUACGUUGUUGUCUGUAAUGUCUAAUCAGCAGUCAUGCUCGUGUUUGGGGAAUAAUCCUGAACAAAUUCUUCUCUUUUCUUCUUAUUUCAUUAAUCAAGAAAAUACAAUACCAAGAAAGGAAAAAAUGGUAAUAAAGAACAUACAAUUCAUCAAGAUUCAAAUCUUGCAUUAUAAGGAACAAACUGAAAUGGAAUGUUCAAAGCCACUGCAGGAAGAAAAAUUAAAUGUAAAG